ACUCGUGCGCGGGGUGGGGGUGAGGUUCCUUGCUCUGCCGUUAACGUGGUGAUGGUAAUGCUUGUGCAGCUUACAGGUGCUUUAUGGAUGUAUGUGCCCUACAAAAAGGGCUUCGUAAGGGGGGAUAUUGAAAUAAGAUACAUAUGCUGAACUCUUCCGUAAGUAAAGCGCUUGCGAGGCGUUUCAUCCUGACGUAGCGGUGGAGUUUUCAAGCUGUGAGUAAAGUAUGGUGGAGCAGGCUCCCCAAACUGGUGAUCGCUGCAAGAUUUUUGUUCUCCUUUUGAUCACCGAGCGCAAAUGAAACAUCCUUGUCAAGCUGCGUCGAUCCUGAAAUUCAUCUGAGGAGUGCAAAAUCAGAGGUCAUGCAAAAAGUCCUGGAAUUGCACUUGCUUUUUCUCUCCCUUGGAUGAUGAUUCAGAUCUCCCUCAUUCGGUUCUUUCCUUGGUUUGGCUUGGAUAUUGGAGGGACCUUGGUCAAGCUUGUUUAUUUUGAACCAAAGGACAUCACUGCUGAAGAGGAGGAGGAAGAAGUGGAAAAUCUCAAAAGCAUCCGAAAAUACCUGACAUCAAAUGUAGCCUAUGGAUCUACAGGCAUUCGGGAUGUGCACCUUGAACUAAAGGACCUUACCCUGUGUGGACGUAAAGGCAAUCUGCACUUUAUACGCUUUCCUACUCAUGACAUGCCUGCUUUUAUUCAAAUGGGCAGCGAAAAACACUUCUCAAGCCUCCAUACUACCUUAUGUGCCACGGGAGGUGGAGCAUACAAAUUUGAGCAGGACUUUCGCACAGUGGGUGACCUUGAGCUUUGCAAGCUAGAUGAACUCGACUGCCUUAUUAAAGGAGUUUUGUACAUUGAUUCAGUUGGGUUCAAUGGACAUUCAGAGUGCUACUAUUUUGAAAACCCAACUGAUGCUGAAAGAUGUCAGAAGCUCCCGUUCAACUUGGAGAAUCCAUAUCCUCUGCUUUUGGUGAACAUUGGCUCAGGGGUCAGCAUUUUGGCUGUGUAUUCAAAAGAAAACUAUAAGCGGGUAACGGGCACCAGUCUUGGAGGGGGAACGUUUUUUGGUCUCUGCUGUCUUCUCACUGGUUGCUCCACCUUUGAAGAAGCCCUAGAAAUGGCAUCCCAUGGAGAUAGCACUAAAGUGGAUAAACUAGUGCGGGACAUCUAUGGAGGAGAUUAUGAGCGGUUUGGAUUGCCAGGCUGGGCUGUAGCAUCCAGUUUUGGAAACAUGAUGAGCAAGGAGAAGCGGGAAUCCGUCAGCAAAGAGGACCUGGCAAGGGCUACUUUAGUAACCAUCACCAAUAACAUUGGCUCCAUAGCACGGAUGUGUGCACUUAACGAGAACAUUAACCGAGUGGUUUUUGUUGGCAAUUUCCUUCGGAUCAAUACAAUCUCAAUGAGGCUUCUGGCGUAUGCUUUAGACUACUGGUCAAAGGGACAGUUAAAAGCACUUUUCUUGGAACAUGAGGGUUAUUUUGGCGCAGUUGGUGCUCUUCUGGAACUCCUGGAUUCAGCCUGACUCCGUAUGGAUUCUGUAUGUCGGACCCGCAAAGCAGGGGCACUUCCUGGGUCACAACACCCACGUUUAUAUAGCUUUGUUUAAAGCAUCCGUUCAGUGACUGUUGAACAAAUUGUGCGUGACCUAAUCAGGACAGAAAAGGAAAGGACUAUUGUGCUUCUUUUUGUAAACAGCUGAAACUGAUCUUCAGUUGCAGCGUAGGUUUGUUCAGAGGGAGUAUAUAUGCAAAUAUGUUGACUGAAUGUGGUGGUUGUGUUUGGAACAUCUGUAGGGCGUUUAGUUACUUUUAUCAAACAGCCCUUUUUACGUAGUCUUCUCCAUGUGUUUAAUGGUGGUAACUUAAUAGGAGCCUUGCACUAUUUCCGACCAUCCAGACUCCUUUGAGUGCUGAAUGUCUACCUGGUUCAUAUUUUAUAGAAUUCAGCGGCAGUGUUUUAUGUUCUGGGAUUGAAAGACAUCACAUUUUCAUUAUGCCAUAAAUCAUCCGUAAAGGGGCAAGAGCAUCAGCGCGGCCCUGGCAUGUAAAGAUGAUAAGGACCACUCGUGUCUCUUCUGAACCGUACAGUGGCCUGUCAAACACCGUCGUGCUAUCAGUAAGGCUUGUUUUCUGUUAGCGCUGUUUCUUAUCUAUGUAUACAGAUUAUUAGAGAUAACAGGUAAGGCAUAAAUCCUGUGACUUGCUUACUCUAAAUCUGCUUAGGUUGAUUUUGUUUUCAGCCUAUAACCCUUUUAUGCUCUCCACAAUCCCUUUAGGAUAUGUUGUAAUGCCGGCAUGGUGUUAGGAGCGUGUAUCCACCUGCGACCUUGAAAUCCGCUAAAAGCAAAUUGGAAGAUAGCAUAGUUGGUUUUUUUUUUUUUCUCUCUGUUGUAACAACUGGUUGUCUAUAACUAUACCAAAGAGAUUUCUCUUCCUUUCAGUCGUACACUUGGGAUCUUCUCCGUAAUAUUCCAUUUUACAGAUUUUUUUUUUUAAUUGCAAAACUAAUCUAAUUUCUGGGAGAAGCCUAUUCUUCCCAUAUACACGUUGUACUUUUCUCUGUUCCCUUUGUGCACGCGGUCCUGUAUGCAGCCUGUGAACUGGGUUGCUGCAGUCUGGAACUCCUAAAGGUACUGCACUCUCAAGCUGCGAAUUGGAAAAUAGUUUCCUGCCUACUGAAAAAAUGCUCUCUCCAAACAAGAGAUGCUGAUAAUGGGACAGUAGUAUAUAAAAAAAAAAAAGUUGGAGCACGCGUGUGGCUUGUAAAUUGGUCUUCCUUCCUUGCCUCUCUCCCUUCCCGUGUUCUUUUUAGGAAUUCUUCCUAGGCUUGGAUCUUUGGUUAUAAAAAUGAACAACCUCGUCAGUGAGAAGGGUAUAAAUGUUUCCUGUGCCACUAGCGUGAGUUAUUUCAGUAUAACUUCAGUCAAGAAAUGUGAAAAAAAGCUGCUUUUUUGAAGAGCCAUCUGCAUCUUCCCUUGAUGAUGCAAGUUGAAGGGAGAUGUUACUUCCACGAGUUCUCUGUGAUAUGCUGCUUCUCAGCCGAGUGACUCGGCUGGUGCAGAAAGCCGUCCUCCCCGAGCUGGGCAAAGGCAAUCUUCUGUGAAAUACAGGUGCAGAUCCCUGCUCACUUGGCUGCCGUUCGCCCUUGCUGGGGUUUAUCCCUCCAUCCCGAAUUGGGCAAAUUAUUUCAGGUCACAGCUUCAUUUCAGAUAAACGUAGAUCGUCCCCUCUGUGAGCUCGGUCGACGUUGUACCGAACAGCCGCGGCGCUGAACGUGCCAACGCGGUGGGUUAGGGCCGGGGAGUUUGCCUGGCUGCGGUACUGCUCGGUGGAGGCGUCGCAGCAGCAGAUUGCGUCUGUCUGUCUGUCCCUCGCGGCAGCCCGAAACCUGCAUCCUCAGCUGGCUUUGCAGCGCGGCACCUGCCUCUCUCUCGGGCCCGAGAUGGAAAGUCGGUGUGAGUUAAGAGGAUAGGCUUUCUCCCCGUGUUAGGUCCCGCGCGGUAUUUCUCUAAGGCCCGUUGUGUCAGCUCUGCGGGGUACGUGCUGCGGACUGCAGAUGCGGCGUAAAGGAAUGUGCUUUCAAAACCGUAGUUAAUCGUCGGCCUGGAACUUCCUGAACGCAUCUAGUAAUUCUGCGAAAGAAAAAAGAAAACGCAGUAUUUGGUGUUCACAUGAAAAGUAGUCUUUGCUGUGCUGUUUGCAGAAAAGGAGCGUUUUUAUGUUUUUCCUGCCGGUAUAAUGCAGACUUCAGUGCUGUCCUGCUCUGCAUUCAAAUUUAACGUCUUCCAUUGCGAGAUGCACACUUCGAGCAGGAUAAUACAUUGCGUCUGAGAUCUCUCUCGCUCUUAAUUUCUUGGGAAAUCACAUGAAAGGUACCACAAAUAGGUACACGCGGAACACCUGCACUUUUAAAUUGCAGAUUAUAGGCUUUGUCGACUCGGCUUAACUCUUUCUCUGUCACGCACAGCACAGCCCUAGUUUAAUCACUUCGGGGGACUUCUGCCUUCACAGCUGAGGCUUGGGCCCUGCUUUAACUCGUGGGAAAGAAACAGGAAUAUGUUUUGGCUCUGUGCAAUUUCCUUGUGCCCGGGGCCUGCUUAGCCCCUUGGUGUGACACGCAGGUGAUGCACUGAGCCGCUGUGGGAUUUGAAUCCCUGUCAGAUACAGAAGAGGGGCUAAUUUUUAAUAGCAGCGGCCUUUGCGAGCCGAAAACUGGUGGAAGGAAGAACCUAUGUGAAAAUACCUGGAAAUGGUUUUGCUACACAGACAGAGGCUGUGCUGGGAUGGGAGAUGUCUACAGAAAUCCUGCAGUCCGGGCUAAAACAGGGUCCUGCUGUGAUGCGCUUGAGCGGGUGCCAAGCUUGCGUACCUGGGAGCAGCGUCCAGAUUUUCUUAGCAUUCAUUCUGUAACCCCCUUUUUCUGUGGAUUUUUACUAGCUCCUGCAGCUACGAGGCUGUUGCGUCUAACACCAAAUUCCCUUAUGUCUUGUAUGCAUUUUUUUUUUGUAAAACUUUUUUCUUCUUGGAAUAAAAUGUUACGGUUAUUUUUA